AUGACGCAAGCCUCACGCGAGCUUUCCAGCACCAAGAAAGAGGACGUGAUCCGACGCCUACACCUCUACGUUACGGUGGCAAAUUCACCCACGGCGCCUUCGUCGAAUAACUUGACGUACGUUAGUACAUGUGUGGUUUCCACCACCUGGCGCAAGUUCCGCAACGAAGGAACGACCGAAUCGAACAAGGCAGACAAAGUUAAGCGAAGACCGCGACACACGUCCAAAGCCAUCCAACAGAACGUGGGUGCAGUCCCCAUCGACCAACACUCCACGAUGCGUGACAUUUCUAUCGUCACUGGUAUCCCACUUGGAACGCUGAGCCGGCACCUCAACAAGGGGGCCUUUCGCCGUCGCUCUACACGCAUCAAGACCCUCGUGUCCGACGCCAACAAGCUGGAACGCUUACGUAAUCGUCCUGCUGGCACGUUGGUCUCAACAUUGGUCAACGUCAAUGCCCUGGUGUAUCGAGACUUUGUCAUUAACAAGGUCGUACCAGCAAUGAAGCCAUUAUUCUCAAGCGCGAAGAAGUGCGUCAUCCUACAACAAGACAAUGCUACGCCACAUCGUUCGAUCACGGACGCCGAGUUUGUGUCUGUCUCAACGGACGGAUGGACGUUUGUGAUGCGUAGCCAGUCCCCAAACAGCCCGGACAUGAACGUGCUGGACCUCGGGUUCUUCGCUUCUAUUCAAUCACUGCAGUUGAAGAAGUUGAGCUAUGAGAAACUCGAGAGCGUAUUUCUCACCUUUCAAGCGGUGAUGCGGCUUGUACUCGAGCAUGCUAGCGACAACAAACUUGCCUUGCCCCAUCUGAAGAAGACGGCUCUGCGCCGCGCUGGUCUACUCAUCUUCUCAUGUUGA